UCUUCUAGUCACCAAAAAGAAAAAUAAAACUGUCAGUAUAAUAGAUUUUUUGUGUGAUAGGGAAUACUAUACCUAUAUAAAAAGAUAUGAUGGUUUUCACCUGAUAUUAAUGCUAAUUCUCAAAAUGAUCAGACGUCGGAUAAUACGCUUCAUAUCCCAGGGAAGACAUAUUAGAAUACUUCAAUAUUCAAGUAAUUCCAAUAUCCGAAAUUAUACUCUACCGCAUUUUAAGAAUUUUACGAAUAGGACAAUAAAAGAAGUUAUAGUAAUUCAUAUCCCAAUCAGCCAGGACUUUCAUACUGGUAGACAGCUUUUAGGGGUAGAAGAAGUUAAAGCACCAACCUUUCCGGACUCUGUCUCCAGCGGAGAUGUCAAGUUGGUAAAGAAAGAAGGCGACGCCGUGGCUAUGGACGAGGUGGUCCUGGAAAUCGAGACGGACAAAACGGCCCUCCCGGUCAUGUCGCCCGGUAACGGAAAAAUCGUAAAGAUGCUGGUCAAAGAAGGAGAAUCUGUAAAAUCUCAACAACCCUUGUUCCAGGUUGAUGUUACUGGAGAAGCUCCAUCUAAAGCUGCUCCUGCGGCCGCUCCAGCCGCAGCUCCAGUUCCUGCCGCUGCCACUGCUCCCACUCCUGCCGCUGCCCCUGCGCCAGCGGCAGCUAAGGCCCCAGCUACAACCCCCACCACUACUAAGGCUGCUGUUACUAAGCCACCUACAGCUAAACCUGCAGCAGCUAAAAAACCGACUGGACCCACACUAGCGACACAAAGGAUCGGUGAUCCAACAAAGACGAUAUCGGGGACCAGAACCGAACACCCGGUGCCAAUGAACAAGAUGCGGAAACGUAUCUCUGAACGAUUAAAGGAAGCACAGAACACGACUGCAAUGCUUACUACAUUCAACGAAUGCGAUAUGAGUAAAUUAAUGGCGUUCCGCAAAGCGAACCUCGAAGCUUUCACAAAAAAGUACGGAGUCAAGUUAUCUUUCAUGUCACCUUUCUUGAAGGCAUCUGCUAAUGCCCUGAUGGAUCAGCCAGUUGUAAACGGUGUUAUUAUUGGAGAUAAUAUAAUUUAUAGAGACUAUGUGGAUAUUUCUGUGGCGGUUGCGACUCCUCGAGGUCUAGUCGUGCCCGUACUUCGUAAUGUAGAGUCGAUGGACUAUCCACGUAUUGAGCUUGCUAUGGGUGCUCUCGCUGAAAAGGCUAGAACCGGUAAGCUAACACCGGCUGACAUGCAAGGCGGCACAUUCACGAUUAGCAACGGAGGCGUUUUCGGCUCUCUACUCUCAAUGCCGAUCAUCAAUUUACCACAAUCAGCAAUACUGGGCAUGCACGCUAUAUUCCAACGACCGGUCGCAAUAAACGGCAAGGUGGAAAUAAGGCCCAUGAUGUACUUGGCAUUAACUUAUGAUCAUAGAUUAAUCGACGGACGUGAAGCUGUACUGUUUUUGCGAAAAGUUAAAUCUGGUGUCGAAGACCCUACAUCUAUUUUAGCUGGAAUUUAAAACAUACAAAUAUGUAAUGUACUAUAAAUAUUCACGUUCAAGUUAUAAGCCUUGUCUUUACCAAUAUUGUUUUAAUGAGCCAAGAAGAAAAACGCAUGAAACGUCGUGAAAUGAAGGUCAACAAGACCCAUUUUGAGGCUAUAAAUAUUUUGGAAGCGGUUAGGUGAAGCGCAUUGUAAUAAAUACAAUAGGUACAUACCUAAACUACAAACGCCAUAAACAAAGUUUUAAUAUGUCUUCAAAAGAACUAUUGUUCCCUUGUAAGUACCGGUUUGUAGAUAUUGCUUCAAAUCUGAUAUUGUACAGUGUAACAAGAAACCUUUUCGAACUGAAGAAAUUUCUAUAGGUCCGGAAGCCUAUCGAAGGUACCGGCAACCGGGAGAGAAAGUUUACUAACCACUACGCAAACGCCUUUGAAGGCCUAUCAGCUCUAGGCCAGCUGCUUCGUGGAUACAUCCACCACCGGUUACCAACCUUAUCAGAUCUGACAAGAAAUUCGAUGAGCUAAAUGACUCGUCGGAAGUCUUCGACUAGUAUGAUGAUAUGUGCUGCGACUGCUGCUAGUGUUAGAGCCAGAUCGUCACGAAAAUCUAUAUUUCUUACAUAUAACAAUAAAGAAACGAAUUGAAAAUGGCGUCUACAUACCUGCACUGACAGAUUGUAGGGUCAACAAAUAAAAAGAAAGAUAGAAAGAAAAUUUGUUUAUUGUAAAAAAAUAUAAAAAAACAAAUGGGAAUAUACUUUACUUUAUACCCUGGCAGAGGGAGAGGUGUCUCAUCUGGGAUGCAACUUGCGUAGACACUUUUGCUGCCAGUCAUCUAAGUCGCACAACUCUAAAGUGGAAAAACUCGAACUCAACAACAAAGGCAGAAAUGAUAUUUUUUUUGCAUGCAGUACGCGCCGUGUGCGACUAAAGACAGCAAUAGUUUAGAGUGAGAGCGCAUCAUCGCCGCCGCCAUUUUAGAUUCGUUUCUAUAUUGGCGCGACUUAUACCAGUGCUCAGACAGUUAACCUAAUGAGGUAGAAUUAUAAAAUUUAGAGUCUGGGUGCGAUAAUUCAUGAUCGCUCAGGUUGAGCCCGUGAGCUUACCUGCCCAUUCGCGCGUAGCUGGAAUAGCCCCAAAAGCUACCAGCGAAUAGGUAGUUAAAAAAGUUAUAAUCAUUUAAAUCAGGCGGUUUUGAAUUACUCUAAUCUCUUAUCUUUAGUAGAUACAUGAUUUCGCGUUUAGCUUUGUAAAUGUAUCACUUCUUUUCGAAUGUUUUGUUACAUAUUACGUUCUUGAAUUUGAAUAACGUAAGAUGAUUACAAAAGUAAAACCACUUGUAUGUAGUGAAAAGUCGAUAGUCAUUUAAAAAUAACCACAAAAUAAUUAUUCUUGUCAGCAUCAAGCUAAGCUAAAUAGGAAACUAUUGAUUAAUUUUUCACAGUAGGGGAAGUGUACUUAAUCAUCUUCAUAGAAAUGCUUUUAUUACUGUAAAUAGGUAUUACACUUAAUAAAUGUUUGAUGAGUGUAA